AAAUUUUUUUUUUAUUAAUUGCAUAAAAUUUUUAAGCAUUUUCUAACCAAAUCAAAAUUUCUAGUAAUUUUCUAUCAUCAAGUCUCCCUAUUUAAUCGCAGAUGAAAAUGCGGAGAAAAAGGGAAAAGAUGGCGUCAAUAGAGCCAAAACAAAUUUACAAGGCACAAACAAACCGUUUAAGCUCAACAAAAAUCAAUUUAUUUUCGCCAUCAAUCACAUCACAAGGUUCUCUUGAGGUACAGAAACAUGACAACCGCAAGCUUAUUGAAGAGAUCGUCGAUAGAAUGUUUGAUGAGGAAAAAGGUUUACAAGAUUCCCUAUCAGAUUCGUCAUGUUCCAGUGUCGAGCUAAGAGUUAAAUCACCGCAGAGUGAUCUACGCUUAAGAAAUUGGAGACAUCACUUAGCAGAACGAAAUAAAGUUGCGCAGGCUAUUCGUGCAAAAACUGGAAAGACAGAGAGUGGUGUGCUUUUACAUCGAGCCACGAAUGCAGACGAACGUGAUAAACAAACUGUAAAACGUGUACUUGACUAUGCAGAACGUCUUAAUCCAUUAAAACUAAGGGCUCGGAAAACAAUGAAAUGGCAAGAGUACGAAAAACUAGAUACAUGUCAACAUAUACCAGAACUAACUGAAACAUGGCCAAGAGCUGAACGUAUUGGUUCAACAAAAAUUGAAAUUUCUGGUCUACCACAUAUGAUAAAAAAGGAGUUAGUCUCCAAGCAAACCUCGAAUAAAAAGAAACGAAUGAAUGGGUGGUUACAUUCGAAAGAACUUGAUAAAACGAUUGAACGAAAGAAAAAGGAUAUAAAACGAGUCAUAGAGUUUUUUCCAAAUAUUGAUGAGAUUCAAAUACAAGGAGAGGGGAUUGGAUGGGGAUCAUAAUUCAAAUUUAAUGAGGGAGUUUUUCAAUGACUUAAAAUACAGAACAAAUGAUGAAAUAAAUAAGGCUUCAGUUCAGGAUAAUAGAACAGAAAUUUUUGGAUAUUAUUGAUUAACAGAUCAUGUAGAGACUUUAAAUAUAUUCUGCUUUGUGAGCAAUAUUCUA